UUAAACAGUUAAAUAUUAACAACAAUUUUUUUAUAAAUUGUCGAUUUAAAAAUAAAAUUUAGUACACUGCUAAAAAUGUUAUCGUUAUUAUUUUUAUUAAUCACAAUUAUAGUUACCCUGGUUAAUUGUGAUCCUACAACAUCACAACCACCAAUUGAAUCCUAUUUAUCAUGGGAUCUAAGUAAACCGCAAUCGUUUAGUACAUCACUAUGUGCUAAAUGCAAAAACGAUGCCGGUGCUAAACUGAUUGCCACAUUCAAACAGUGUAUGCAAAAUGAUCCGGAAUGCAAAAAGUUGAUUGAUGUGGGUAUACCUAAAUCGGACAGUAGUGCCGAUAUUGAUCAAUGUCUACGCAAUGUUAACAAAUAUGUUGAUGAACAUUUCAAUGAAAAAGUUAUGUCUGCUAAACAUUUAGAUUUUGGUAGUAAAUGUUUUCAGGAUAUGAUAAAGUCAAAAGAUGAUAUUAUUAAAUGUGAUAAAUAAUGAGGGUUC